AUGCUGGAAGUAACAGCUACGCUGGAUCGUGAGGUGGCUAUUUAUUUAGCUGGUGAAACUGUUAGAGUUACAGUAACAGUAUGUAAUUUGUCUCGUGGAAAACAAGGUGUCUCCGAACAGCUUGCAUGGGGAAGUCUACAGCUGAUUUGUGAGAGAACAAUCGGUGCAUCUUCGUCAUCUUCAACGUCAACAGCAUCCUCUCGACCUCGUCCAACAACGUCUGUCACAAAAUCAGCAGCAACAGUGUACUCAUCACCACCGAACAUUCUCUUUUGCGAGUUGCAGUUGGCACCUGGACAGUCGAAACAGUUUACAUGUGACAUACCCCUUUCGCGAAACGGAAUACCACCGACUUUUCGAGGUCAUCUAGUAAAAUACUCGAACAGAGUCACUGUGGCAGUCUCUCAUGUGCAAGAACAUAUCAAAUCAGCUCAUUUGCCUAUCAGAAUAAUUCCAUCGGUGGGCCUUGAGACGAAGUUAUCGAUCCAUACGAAUCCAUUUCUUGCUUCUGCUCUCACCAGACCUUCCGUCGUUGAGACAGUCAUGUCAACAGUGGACGAUCUGACACAAGCCAGAAAAUCACUCGCGUUCGCUCUGACUCAUAACUCAUCGACAUCUCGUGUUGCUCUCCUGACUUUGCCGAAGAAAGCGUACAAGUUAGGAGAUGAUGUCUGUGGCUUCCUGGAUUUCAACGGUGCAACUACUCCAUGUGUUCAGUAUUCAGCUACAAUUGAAACUGAAGAGCAUUUGAUUGACGCUGAUGUGGAGGAAGGCAAAAAGAAAAUGGUGAAAGUUCAUUGCCAGACGGCUCCUAUCUGCACAUUCUCUCCGGAUUCAACAUUCCGACUGAGUAUCCCUCUCACUGCUACACCAACGUUCUCCACAGAUUCAGUUCAACUAAAAUGGAAAAUCCGUUUCGUGUUCGUGGUUACUGAACAAGCAUAUGAUGUUCAUUUGAACGGUGAUGUUGCGAAUGUUCCAGUGGAAUCUUUCUCUUGGUCGACCGACCUUCUCGUUCUUCCUUGUAAACCACAAAAUGCUGCUUUGAUUGAUAACACCUUCCCUAAUCGAAUCUCAAUGACCGUCUAA